CUUAUUAAGAAAAAUAAUUAGUAAGUACUAUGUAGGGCUUUGUCUACACGUAAUUAGUUAAAGAACAAUCUUUGUCAACUUAGGCACAAGACCUUUUUCAUGACCUCAACAUUUUGUACUAAGCCAUUUAUUUUUCUUACCUACCAACUAAUAAACAGAACAAUAGAGAUGUAGAAGGAGCUGUUCAUAGAUCAUUUUCUUCAUAUUAAUCUCUCACCACGAUGGGAUUAAAGCCUCUAACCUAUUGAAUUUAUAUAACAUAAAGUUUCUUUAUUACACAGCUGCACACCUAAUUACAGGUAUCAUAUGGCUUUUAAAGAUGAUGCUAAAAGGGAGUUUCAAGAAAUUAAUGGUAUAAAUAAUUCAAAGGAUUUUCCUCUCAUUGGGAUUGGGACUAGUCUAGCUUCUAUGGAGUCUUUGUCCAUGCCACUGGUUCAGGAGGUUGUUCUUUCAGCAGAUAUGCAGUGCGAGAAGUGUCAGAAGAGGGUUAUUGACGUUAUAACAAAAAUGAAUGUAGAAACAGAGUCUGUGGAGGUGGAUGUGUUGGAAAAGAAAGUGACACUUACAUUCAGAUUACCAACUGUGGCUAAAGAAAUCACAAGGCAAAUUACUCCCAUUAACAAGAACCAUUUCCCUAAAGUUGCCAUUAUCAAACAUUUAUUUUGAUCUUCCCUUGAUUAACUACGACUUACAAAGAAGUAUAGGACAAGUAUAAGAUUGAGAGACAAGUAUAAGAUAAUGUAAAAUAAUUUUUUCAUUAGCUAAACAUAUAGGACAAGUAUAAGAAGAUUGAGAGACAUGUCUCUGAUGAAGUAUAGGAAGAUUCAUAAUAUGGACUUGUGACACGCACCAAAUAAAAGAUUUAAUUUUUUUUUUUGGUGCAUUAA